GGUGAACUCAUGCGAUUGACCACAGUCACGUGACACCGCAUUCAAUCUUUGUUUGCGGUCGCGGUCGCUCGACUUCAAGUUGUUGCAGUCAAUUCAACUUAUCCCCAAGCAGAUAGCUUCCCCCAAAAGGAAUCAAGUAAAUGGAAAAUUUCGCUCUCUUUAUGUCCUGCAAUGCAAUCCUUCAAUCUCUGGUGCAACCCAUUCUAUUCCGUCAACAAAAUUUAAUUCAUCACACAUCAAAAUACUUUGUGCUAUCUAAAACCCAACAAACCAUUUUGCCUUCUGGCUAGGUACCUCUCAUAUUCUUCUUCCGUUUGACACCCCCAAAGUGAAUUGGUUUGACGUUGGCAAGAUUGAAUACAUUCUACCUCCCUCUACUUCUCUCGACCCCGUCAUUCGACCUUUAGUUUGGCAUCCUUCGUGCAUCUGAAAUUCAUGGUGCCAAAUGACUUCCAACCAACCGUCAAAAGAAGGGAGGUUCUCCUCACUUGAAGAAGAGGAGCUUUCCAAAAUUUCAUUAGAAACAACGGAUGAUGAGCAAUAUGGUUCGGAUCACGAGUUCAUUGUUGAACGCAUUUUGGCCCAAAAAACAGAAGGCGGCCAAAGGCUGUUUCUAAUUAGAUGGUCGGGAUUCCCAGAGGAAGAUUCAUCGUGGGAGCCCAGGAAGAAUAUAUUAGGUCAAAGCAUUCUUGAUGCUUGGAAAACACGACGAACUCGUGAGCUUCAGGGCUUAGAUGCACCGUAUGAUGUCGGAAGACUGGAAUCUUUAAAGAAGAUCGCUGGUGCUGAAAAAGCACAACGUGUUCGUUUGCGUCGUGAGAAGAGAAAGCGCCUGGGAAUAGUCGUAUCGCCUCACGAAUCUGAUGCAGAUAGUGUCGAUGAGUCGCAAACUUCAGUUCCUGGCCCGCUAGUUAACUCAGCUGCACUCAGGGAUGCAAGGAUUUCCGAAAGACAACAGCAAGUUCAAGCUACCAGAAAAUCUAAAGAACGUCAACAAAUCGACUCUGAUUCAUCGUCUGACGAACCACUAUUCGUAACUUCGCAGCGAAAGUCAACCUUGAGUGUCUCAUCUUCCAGCAAUCCACAAGCGCAGAAGGAGUCACAGAACGACGUUGUUUCUCAUGUGACCGCCAGCGAUGACCGACAGAAAGCAACAGCCGAGAGCUCUUCAUUAUCUAGAGGCAACCCAAAGAUUCGAGGAGGGGGAGGUGCCACGAGGGGAGGCUCUUCUUCACUGUCACAGAAUGUUUUUUUCAGUGGAAAAGCGCCCAGAAAACAAAAAGCGAGUUUAAUUGAAGCAGCGGCAGAUCCGUCAAAAGACCAGCGUCAUUUCAAGAACAGGCAUAUCCUCAGAAAAGCGGAACUGGCUGCGAGAACUUUACCAGACCAGCAACUAGAUCGUAGUGCUCUUCACCUGAUAAAUCCUUCGAGGGGUUCAUCCUCGUCCGUACAACGACCAGAAACUCUUUACAGAACUUCUUCCGCUCCUCAGACCGAAGAGCCAAUGGAAUUAGUUGAAUCACCUCUUGAGAAGCAAAAUAUCUCCCAGCGACUGCCUGCACUGCACCCAUCUGAAAUGGCAUGGGAAGAGGUACAGCAUAUUCCGUACGAGAAACGAACAAUUUGCUUCUUCUUUACUCAAGCCAGUGGGUGCCUUGAUAGUAGCUGUAAGUAUCUCCACAAGAACGAUCCCCUCCUACCCGUUGCCCCACCCCCAGAUGGAUGGUUUGGGUCGCAGAAAAUCUGCUUCUUCUAUAACCUGAAUGGAGACUGUAAAAAUGGAGAUAUGUGUAGCUCUCUGCAUGAAUCAAACCCCAAUAUUCCGGUUAGGAAGCCGCCCCCCGGAUGGGCAGCGCCAGAUCCGUCUACUAAAAUCAUGCCAACGAAAGUACGGCUCCCAGCCAGUGUCGAUGGUCCACAGUGGGUCUGCUAUUACUGGUACCAUGAUAAUAGUUGCACGAAAGGGGUUGACUGCAAAAUGGCACACUCAGCCGAUAACGACCUCCGAGUAGCAGCAAAACCUGGUUCUGUUACUUGUAGAUACUGGAUUCAGGGUCACUGUCGCAAUGGUAUAGACUGUUUUUUUGCGCAUGAAUCUCCUCAUAACGGUCGCUCGAUAUCCUACACGAGCCAACCUUAUUCUAACGCCGUUGAUUCCGAACCCCUAGUGGAGAAAAGUGUACAGCCUCCACUACACCAGUCAAAGGUUAUUCCGAUAUUCGGUGACGACGAUGCCAUAGAUUUUGAGAUGGACACAUUGUCUGACCUUUCCCCGCUUGAGUCAAAUAUUGAAGGCCUUGAAAGAUGUUUGAAUGAUCAUUUAGUAACCGAAACAGUAAACAUUACCAGUACCAAAAUUAAGACAGUCAAGUUUGGUCCACAGACGCAAUCUAUCAAGCUCGACUUCACAAGCCUUCCCCUACAUACUUCAGACUGGGCAAGAGCAUUUGUGAGUGCAGAGAUUUUGGAUUUCAACCAAAUAUGUACCAUAUACGACUUCAAAUUGAGAUACAGCCAUAUUCAACACUCUACUUAUUGGCAAGCUAGUAUCAGCACCGAUCCUACUGACCAAGAUGUAUGUGAUACGGUCAAAAACAUAGCUAAACAUCUCUGUCUUCAGAUGUCUGGUUUGGCGUGCAUCUCGGACAAUUACAUUAUUUUACUCUAUCCAGCCGUGGCUGAAGAAUGGAAGUAUUUGGAUGCAACACCUGAUUUAUCAACUGGCGCUACACUGAAAUACUCAGUUUUUGGUUCUCAAAGCCCUAUUCCAAGUUCCAUGGAAUCUGCCACAAUUGACAAAAUUUCAAUGACGGCUCUCUCCUCCAGUGACAUGAUGAUGAAAAGCUUCCAUCAUCUUGAUUACGAAAAAUUGACCAUAGACUUGAAACUCAAGGACCAGAAGCUCAAGAAACCUAUCACCUUCAACUUUUGUUUAAUAUUUCCUGUAUCUAAACAGCCUCUUGCGGGAUUGAUAGCAUCCUGGCUCAAGAGUUGUUCAAAAGACGACGGCAAGGUAUACAACUAUCAGAAGCCAGGAUGUUGGAACCAUUUCAAAAAGCAUGUCAACGCUGGAGCUGUGCUGAUACACUCAUCUGCGCUCAGUCUUAUCUCUGAUACAGAUCUCACACAUGGCAUGACGCUGGACGGGAUGAACUAUACAUUUUGGUGUAUUCAAGAUAGUACAUCUAAAGUGCCAUUCUCCCAAAUGCAAAAACAAUCUGAGCUGGGCCAAGUUUUUAUAAAACGUCUCUUACCUUUAGGGUAUACUAUACUCCUCACACCAAGUUUCUUGGUUGCAGAACCAGUCAUGACACUCAGCUUUUUGCAAUGGUACCAAAAGAAACUCAAAAACUCAAUAAGUGGCUCAAUCAGAGUAUUGUGCUGCCACGAAAUUCCGAGCUUUCUUUUAGAACUUGCGAUUUCGAAGGCCGAGGAACAACAAGAAUUGAUGAAGCGCCUUGCUGGCGACCCGUCGAUGCUUUCAAAAUUAAGCGAAAGGGGAUUAAGUCACGAACAGUGUACAGCGAGACUCGACCUAUAUUGGCUUCUUUGUGAUAUGCUCAGUAAGGACCUUCCUGCAAAUCUAUCUCCAUUUGAUCGUGAUCCAUCCGAAGAGAAUUCGCGGAGUUCAUUUCUCUUUGCGCCUCCAUCCAUCGAUCAAAAUGACGAGAAAAAGUUGGUCGCUUGGUUUGCAGGUUGGGCUUAUGCGAAUCUCGAUAAAUAUAGACGGUUCUACGUCUUUGGUUCUGGAAAAUCGAACAGAAGCUCUGGGGUUCCAGUGAGAAUGAUUCCAGAGUGUGAAAGCUUCCCACAAAAUUCCAAGGCCUUCCAGGAAGGAGGUGCGUUAGCGUGGGCCAGGCGAGGAAGAAAUCCGGUUUCAAUUGGAUGUACUACAGCACCAUCGGGCACAAAUGAACCUCGGGUUGAAAAAGCGGAAGUGAAGUUGAAGGAAUUCAAAUAUGAUUUUACGGAUGAAUGGUAUCCUGAAUGGAGGGGAAAACCAGGCGAAGGACGAAGUUCAAAUCAUAUCAUCGAGUAUCGAUGGAAUCGUGUCUUUGAGUUGCUCAAAAUUCCUUUCGAGGCGGGAAAAGUUGAAUAUUGAUUUAUGAAAGGGAGUUUUGAAGUUACUUGUGGAUUUACAUGAGCGUUCGUACACCCUUGCCAUUAUGAUACCAUAUGCUUUGUCUUUCGUGCAUGACGAAGCUACACAGAAAAUAACAAGUUUAAUGCCGUUGUCUGUUCA